UGAGAUAAGUCAUAUACAAAAAUUUUACUCGAAUACAACACAAAACCCGAAAAAAAACCUCGUUUAUAAAAAAUCAAGUUAAAGAUCAUGGACAUACAAUAUAAACCAAACAUUUUGGACACAGUGUUUGAUGAAUUUUGGAAUAGCGUCAACUGUUAUGUUGUACUGGACUUUCCGUAUGACCAAAGAUGCGAAUUUGUGAAAAAAGCCAAUAGCUGCGUACAUGGCACGAACGUCGUGCCGUAUAUGCAUUUAUUGGCAUGCAAUUUGAAAUGCAAAAACCAGUUUGAAGAGAUGGUCUAUGUGACACUCUUUCUGCUUUUUUCCUUUGAGUUUCUAAUCUGCCUGGGCCAUGUGGUGCAUUAUUAUUACACGCCCGCGUUGAAGGUUGUUUCCCGAAUGCUUCGCAUGAACGAGCAUCUGGCUGGCGUGACGAUCUUGGCAGUUGGCAACACAUUGCCGGAUCUAUUUGCGAAUUUAUUGGCAAUCAAGGAGAAAAAUGUACCCAUAUUUGCCAAUUCAAUCGCAGUGGCAUUAUUUGUAGUCAUGUUUGUUGGGGGAUUGGUCUGCUAUAUCAGUCCAUUCGAAAUGAAUCCAUACAAUACCGUGCGCGAUCUACUAUUCUUCAUACUUGGCUUGCAGCUGGUGGAGUUUAUGUUUAUAACUGGAGGACAUGUUACGAUGAGUGAGUCCGUUGUGCUUAUUGUUGUCUACCUGUUAUAUUUGAUCGUCAAUGUGCUUGAUCUAUAUCUCAUGCGCAUUGCCAUGCAAUCAAUAAAGCGAGAAAUAGACAAGCUUAAUGAAGAGGAACAGACUCCAGGCGUGGAAGCAAAGCAUAAAUUGCUUUUACAAAAAUAUAACUUCCUGGCCAGAGAUGAUCGAGUUGAAUUACUGCACCGCCGAUCGAAUCUUCGUUCAUCCGUAAAAGAUCCAACUUUCACUUAUAUGACCAGACGCAUGAGUUCGCAUUCAAGGAUUAAUUUGAAGGACAAGAGCGAUGUUUUAGUCUUCGUCCAAAGCAGGAAUCGCCACCUCUUUAAGGAAUUCUUUUUGGCACUCAAUCCCUUUCACAAAGAAGAUUGGCGCAAGGCGAAUGUUUUCAUACGCGCCUUCUUGAUUGCUCGGGCUCCGGUUGCGGUGCUGUGUGCCAUUUAUAUACCCUUAGUCGAUUACGAACUGGAGAAGAAUGGCUGGAGUAAGCUGCUCAAUUGCAUACAAAUCUUCCUCAAUCCGGCGUUUACAAUCAUUUUAGCCAAGGCCCUGGUAUUCAGAGAUAAAUCGAAGCUCUGGUAUCGUAAUAUAGCAGAUGACGUUAAAUACGGCCUUUACUCCCUGGCGGUAACAGUGCCCAUAGCCAUAGUUGUGUUUUUCCACUCGAAACCCAGUGCCCCGCCGUCAUAUCACUGGAUAUUUACAAUUAUGAACUUAACUGGUUCCAUAUUUCUGAUGUUCCAGUGUGUCGCUGAAAUAUCAUUGAUUACAGAAGUGAUUGGUAACCUAAUGAAAGUUCCAUCCGACUUCAUGGGUGCCACUACACUCGCAGUUGCCAGUGGCUUGGCUGAUCUGGUAACGACAGUUUCCAUGGCAUUACAAGGCUAUCAGAGAAUGGCAUAUGCAGCUGUCAUUGGAGGUCCAUUUUUCUCUAUAAUUCUGGGCACCGCUAGUGCAAUUCUUGGAACGAUUUUUUCUGACGCUACUCCCGAUUUAACAAUGAUUGGUGUUUAUGGUGAAAAUGCGUUAAUUAUGCUGCGUCUGGGACUUCUAGCAACGUUGCUGUGGACAUCUGUGCUGAAUUAUAAUGCACGACGCUCGGUUGGGGUUUUCUCCAUGGCCAUCUACUGUCUGUUUCUUUUAUUUGCUGUACUUAUAAAGGAAGGAAUUAUUCACUCAUAUGACAUAGAAGACAUGACCGAUGGUUUUCCUAGCAAUUCUAAAGAUUUAAUUACUUAAUAAUGCUAUUCAUUUUAAAAGUAAAAAAAAAAAAAAGGAAAUUUUUCUAUGA